AGACGUUGAACUUGGCACGUUAUGGCUUUGACAAGCAGCGAUCACAAAACGCUCUUUAUUGGCGUGCUGUCGGGUUCAGUAGCCACUCUCGCAAUUACUACUGCCACUUAUUAUUAUCUAUGUACCAAAAAUACAGACACUCAGCCCGGCAUUCUGCAGACAUCGUUACCUACACCGGACAUUGUCGAAGGUGUGGAUGGUCUCAUUGGUAACACACCGCUAAUGAAAAUACGCAGUUUGUCCGAGGCCACAGGUUGCACCAUUCUGGGAAAAGCAGAGUUCCUGAAUCCUGGUGGUAGUGCUAAAGAUCGCGUGGCGUUGAAUAUUAUACGUUCGGCUGAAGAAGCUGGGAUUCUGAAGCCGCAUACGGGAAGUACGAUUUUUGAGGGCACGGUGGGAUCAACCGGAAUUUCAAUUGCAAUGAUUGCUCGGGCCAAGGGUUACAAGGCGUGGAUUGUCAUGCCCGAUGACCAAGCCAAGGAAAAGUAUCAGCUCUUGGAAAAACUGGGAGCCACGGUAGAAAAGGUGCGGCCCGUGAGUAUCAUUGACAAGAAGCAAUUUGUCAACCUUGCUCGAGAACGCGCCCACACUUUCGGUGAAGGCGAGACCAAGGGUUAUUUUGCAGAUCAGUUUGAAAAUCAGGCCAAUUUCCAGAUCCAUUACAACACGACCGGACCUGAAUUGUAUCGACAGUCCGGAGGCAAGAUUGAUGCACUUGUUCUGGGAGCAGGCACCGGCGGCACUUUGUCUGGUUUAGCGUGUUACUUGAAACCUUUGAUCCACAAUCUCAAGGUUUUCUUGGCCGAUCCUUCAGGCUCUGGUUUAUAUAACAAAAUCAAAUUCAACGUCAUGUACUCUCCGUACGAGCGAGAAGGCACACGCCGACGUCAUCAAGUUGAUACUGUGGUGGAAGGUAUUGGUAUCAACCGAUUGACCCGGAACUUUGAUGUGGGGCGACAUUUGGUCGAUGAUGCUUUCCGUGUCACAGACGAAGAAGCAGUGAAAAUGGCACGUUACCUCGUACGCGAAGAUGGCCUGUUUAUUGGAAGUAGCUCGGCUGUCAACUGUGUCGCUGCGGUUCGAGCUGCCAAGCAGUUGGGUCCUGGCCACGUUAUUGUAACACUUCUCAAUGAUUCUGGACAGCGGCAUUUGACCAAAUUCUGGAGUGAUGAAUAUUUGGCGUCGCAAGGUAUCAAUUACGAAUUGAAGCCCGACGAAACCGUGAUGGAUUUUGUUUGAAAUGUCAAUAUGCCAGUUAGAAAACCUUUCAUACAUGUAUAUUUUGUUUGCAACUUGGAACCGACUCCUUUUUGUACUUUUUUUUUUUUACUCAAUGCAAAGACAACAUCAAUCAUUGUGGCACAAAUUACCAAUAACAUAAAGUGUUAUAUGAUGGCUUCCAUCAUAGCCAUCUGUUUUUAUUUUGUUUUAAAC